UGACUCUAGCGCUGGACCAAGAGAGGGGGAAUGCAAGCGCAACGUCGCUCGGACAUCCUCUGCCAGCUUCAAGCAAGAGCCUUUUCAUCAUGCACACACGCCUCGACAUCGUCCUCGUCCUCUCGCUUGGAGGCCCACCACGAUCACCUCCUCAAGAACUCCUGCGACGAUGCUUCCUCGUUGAAGCAAAUCCACUCUUCUCUCACCACUCGCGGUCUCAUCACGCAAGACCCGCACUUGAGCGCUCAGGUCAUCAUCAAGUACUCCAAAUUUGGACGCCCAGAUAGUGCGCGGUCCUUGUUCGACGGCAUCACUGCUAAAUGCGGGAGACCCAAUUCGUUCCUAUGGAACACUAUGAUGCGUGCGUAUGCCAACAAUGGGCAUCGUGCGGAUACUUUGGAGCUUUAUGCCCUUAUGCGCAGAGGUGGCGUCCUGCCCAAUAACUACACUUUCCCUUUUGUUCUCAAGGCGUGCGCUUCCGAUUCGAAACCGCUUGCGCGCGGCUGGGAAGUUGUUCAUGGGGAGACCAUUAAAACUGGGUUUGAUUCCGAUAUGUAUGUUGAGGCGGCUUUGGUCGAUGCAUAUGCAAAAUGCGGGCAAAUCAGUUACGCGCGCAAGGUGUUUGAUGGAAUGACGAAGAGGGACCUCGUUUGUUGGACCAGCAUGAUUACUGCCUAUGAGCAGGCUGAGCAGCCUCAGGAUUCACUGAUGCUAUUUUGCAGGAUGCAGCAAGAAGAGAGUCUUUCGCCUGAUCCGGUUGCCGUGGUUAGUGUUGCCUCCGCUGUUGGGCAGGUGGGGGAUGUUAAGAGUGCUAAGUCAGUCCAUGCGUAUGCCAUCCAGAACGGGAUUUUGGGGGACGUCUGUGUCGGGAAUUCAGUAGUUGCAAUGUACACCAAAUGUGGGAAUAUAGAAUACGCGCGCAUGGCUUUCGAUAGGAUGAAGGAUAGAGACAGAAUUUCUUGGAACUCCAUGCUUUCAGGAUAUGUACAAAAUGGACACGCCAAUGAAGCUCUGUUGCUGUUUGAGCAGAUGAAGGAUUCUGGGUGUCAACCUAAUCCUGUGACGGCAUUGAUUAUGGUAUCUGCAUGUGCUUUCCUGGGAUCCCGCCAUCUUGGGAAGAAGAUCCAUGACUACAUACUCGAGAAUGAGAUGAAAGUCGACAUAACACUGCAAAAUGCAUUAAUGGACAUGUAUGCUAAGUGUGGGAACUUGGAAACAGCUAGUAAGAUGUUCUAUGAAAUUCAUCCGAAAGAGCGGGAUGUGAGCUCAUGGAAUGUGCUGAUUUCAGCAUAUGGCAUGCAUGGGCAUGGAGAAGAAGCAUUGAACCUCUACUUGCAGAUGCAAGAGAAAGGUGUUGCACCGAAUCACAUCACUUUCACGUCCAUUCUUUCUGCAUGUAGUCACGCCGGCUUGAUCAAUGAAGGCAGAAAGUGUUUCGCAGAUAUGUCAAAGUUUUCUGUCACGCCGGAGGUGAAACAUUACGCUUGCAUGGUUGACAUGCUUGGGCGAGCUGGACUCUUGGAUGAAGCUUUUGAUCUCAUUAAAAGUAUGCCGGCAUCACCGAAUGGUGGAGUUUGGGGAGCACUCCUUUUAGCCUGCCGAGUUCAUGGGAACAGUGAAUUGGGGGAGAUUGCUGCAAACAAUCUCUUUCAGAUUGAGCCAGCACAUCCAGGAUAUUAUGUGCUCUUGUCAAAUAUAUAUGCUGCAUCGAGGAGAUGGCAAGAAGUUGGGAAGCUGAGAGAAAACAUGAAAACUAGAGGACUAAGUAAACCUGCAGCUUUUAGCGUGAUAGAAUAUGGUCAAGAGGCAAUAGGAUUUCAUACUGCUGACCAGUUGAAUCCAUACCGUGGUGAAGUUUACAGGCAUAUGGAGCGGUUGCUUGUUGAGAUGAAGAUGCGAGGGUAUUUGCCAGACCAGUCAUGUGUUCUUCAUGAUGUUGAAGACGAAGACAAGGAUCACAUUCUGAAUUAUCACAGUGAGAAGCUCGCAGUUGCAUUCGGAAUAAUGAGGACAGAUCCGGAAUCAGUGAUUACUGUGAGCAAGAACCUUCGCAUUUGCAAUGACUGUCACUCAGCCUUCAAGUUUCUUUCGGACAUAUACCAGAGGAGGAUUGUGGUGAGAGAUGCUAACCGGUUCCAUCACUUCCAAGCUGGCUCUUGUUCAUGCAAGGAUUACUGGUGAUCCGCCACUUUGAACUUGAGCAUACUUCAUCUGUUUAAAAAAGGACCUUGAACCCCU